CCCGGCAGAGUUGCGUUUGGAAAUACUUUGCCGCCUCCCGCCCCCUCGGGUAUGACCAAUGUGGUCCCCAAGUGUCCUUCGUGGAGUUCUUAUUCCGUGUGAGCGAAUCGUGCGUCGGUGUUUACUUAGCUGUAUGGCCCCAGCCUGUUAACUAUGAUCUGUGCUACUUCUGGAGAUUUCUACCAUUUACUAGUUAUUGAAUGUCUGUGCACCUGGCUUUGUAUGCACUGAUGUCUGUUUGUAGAAAAUGUGUAAUUGUGCAUGUUUGAAAAACGGGCGCUUGAGUUGGUGCUGAAUGCCUAGCAAGUGGUCUUCCCAGGGAAUUACAUCGAUCUCUGCUGCCAACCUAGACACUGACUAAUGUAAAAUAGUAAAUGUCAUAUAAAGAGAUGAAUGUCAAGUAAUAAACUUUUGAUAUAGAAAAAGCUACGGGGAACCACUUCUCUCUGAGGAAAAACAAAUGUCCAUGUAACUGAUACCUAAAAUUGAGUGUUGAUGGAGUCAUUUAACUCAGAAAUAGCCGUUAGAUGACUAAAAUUAAUGUUGCAUUUUUAAAAGACAUUUCUUGUUAAGGCUUACAAAUCAUAAACGAAUCACCUCCCAGAUACAAAUACGUUUGCUGUAAUAGAUGUGAGAAACUGUCAUUUGGUCAUUUGAAAGUUUAAAAGCAACAUGCAUGUUUCUAAUUUUAAUAGAUUGUCUCUCAGAUGUAAAAUUGAACAGAUGAGAAAAACAAAAAAAAAAAUGUUUAGUAACAUAUUAAUCAUUUUGCCUCCCAUCUUUUUUUAUUUUCCUCCAAGUAAGUGCUAUUCUUGCCUUUGUUGUUGAUUUCUUGAUAUAUUAAGCCUCCUUGGGCAUGUAAUCCAAUAAGAUUAGAACAGAUUUACUGGUUUUAACAGUGUUAAAAGAUAUCUCUAUGGGUCCCAUAACUUCUCCUCAUUUUUAUUACCAAGCUAAUAUCUUUUGAACAAUGGGGGAAAUGCAAUUUCUUAGAGGUAACUCAGUGGACACUGAGUAUUAGUGGGGUCACCAUUGACAUCAAUCUAUUUUGCAGAAUAUUGAGAAGCUCAGAGCAACCAACCUUUAAGGUUCCCAUAGGACUUUAUCUGAUUUAAAGUGUUGCUUUUCUAAUCCUACACUACUGACAGUUUGCAAGGGAAGAUAUACUGAUUGAUUUUUCUCUGUCCCUUUUUUCCCUGGUACUCCUCCCCCUCCCUCACUCUCUAACUCACUUAAGAGCAAUUUUAUAAAAAUAAAAGGCCUGUAUCGUUUUUAAGUGAGACAGAUUAUUUUCUGAUUAUCUCCAUAUAUGAACAGAAGACAUGCACCUUCAGAAUUUUAAUCAUUGCAUUCUACAGGCAUUUAUUUGUAGGCACAAUGGCAGUUACCAUAGUUGGGCAAGAGUCUUGAUAUUGGACAUGGUUUUAAGAAACUAAUCCAUUUGAGGUUAUCAGGAGAACUUACUGUAAACCGACUCUUUUUGUUUCAAAGAUGUCUCCCACUCCAAGGCUAGGCGUGCACUUGGCUGAGGAUUGCCCCCUGUGGGUCACUUUCUCAGUCAUUUUGAGUUCAGCCUAAUAAAAGACUGAGGUUAUGAAGUCGAUCCUAGAUGGCCUUGCAGAUACCACCUUUCGCACCAUCACCACAGACCUCCUCUACGUGGGCUCCAAUGACAUUCAGUACGAAGACACCAAAGGUGACAUGGCAUCCAAGUUAGGAUACUUCCCACAGAAAUUCCCUUUAACUUCCUUUAGAGGAAGUCCCUUCCAAGAGAAGAUGACUGCGGGAGACAACCCCCAGCUAGUCCCAGCAGACCAGGUGAACAUUACAGAAUUUUACAACAAGUCUCUGUCGUCCUUCAAGGAGAAUGAGGAGAACAUCCAGUGUGGGGAGAACUUCAUGGACAUAGAGUGCUUCAUGGUCCUGAACCCCAGCCAGCAGCUGGCCAUCGCAGUCCUGUCCCUCACACUGGGCACCUUCACGGUCCUGGAGAACCUCCUGGUGCUGUGCGUCAUCCUCCACUCCCGCAGCCUCCGCUGUAGGCCCUCUUACCACUUCAUCGGCAGCCUGGCGGUGGCAGACCUCCUGGGCAGCGUCAUUUUUGUCUACAGCUUCAUUGACUUCCACGUGUUCCACCGCAAAGAUAGCCGCAACGUGUUUCUGUUCAAACUGGGUGGGGUCACGGCCUCCUUCACUGCCUCCGUGGGCAGCCUGUUCCUCACGGCCAUCGACAGGUACAUAUCCAUUCACAGGCCCCUGGCGUAUAAGAGGAUCGUCACCAGGCCCAAGGCCGUGGUGGCAUUUUGCCUGAUGUGGACCAUAGCCAUUGUGAUCGCCGUGCUGCCUCUCCUGGGCUGGAACUGUGAGAAACUGCAAUCUGUAUGCUCAGACAUUUUCCCACACAUUGAUGAAACCUACCUGAUGUUCUGGAUCGGGGUCACCAGCGUGCUGCUUCUGUUCAUCGUGUAUGCAUAUAUGUAUAUCCUCUGGAAGGCUCACAGCCACGCAGUCCGCAUGAUUCAGCGUGGCACCCAGAAGAGCAUCAUCAUCCACACGUCCGAGGACGGCAAGGUACAGGUGACCCGGCCGGACCAAGCCCGCAUGGACAUUAGGUUAGCCAAAACCCUGGUCCUGAUCCUGGUGGUGUUGAUCAUCUGCUGGGGCCCUCUGCUUGCGAUCAUGGUGUAUGAUGUCUUUGGGAAGAUGAACAAGCUCAUUAAGACAGUGUUUGCAUUCUGCAGUAUGCUCUGCCUGCUGAAUUCCACCGUGAACCCCAUCAUCUAUGCUCUGAGGAGUAAGGACCUGCGACACGCUUUCCGGAGCAUGUUUCCCUCUUGUGAAGGCACUGCACAGCCUCUGGAUAACAGCAUGGGGGACUCAGACUGCCUGCACAAACACGCAAACAACGCAGCCAGUGUUCACAGGGCUGCAGAGAGCUGCAUCAAGAGCACGGUCAAGAUUGCCAAGGUAACCAUGUCUGUGUCUACAGACACGUCUGCCGAGGCUCUGUGAGACUGAUGCCUCUCUGGCAGCACAGGAAAAGAAUUUUUUUUUUUUUAAGCUCAAAAUCUAGAAGAGUCUGUUGUCUCCUCGGUUAUAUUUUUUUAAUUUUACCAUGCUGAGUGAAAAGGUGAUUGUCACCAUGAUCACUUAUCAGUUUGCUAAUAUUUCCGUAGUUUAGGUACUCAAACUCCAUUCUCCAGGGGUUUGCAGUGAAGAAAGCCUGUUGCUUAAGUGACUGAACGAUCCUUCAAAGUCUCAGUGAAAUAGGAGGGAAACCUUUGGCUACACAAUUGGAAGUCUAAGUACCCAUUGAAAAAUGCCAUCAAAUGAGUAAUGCCUUUGUAACCACAACUUUCAUUAUAAUGUGAAAUGUGACUGUCCAUAGUAUCAGAGAUGUCCAUUUUUACAACCAUUAUAAUACUAAAGUAGAGAUAUUUUGUAAAGUGUAUUAUGUCCUGUGAGAUGUGUAUCAGUGUUUACUACGUGUUAUUAAUAUUUGUUUAGUUCAGCAAGACUGAAAGGUAGACUUUUAUGAGAACAAUGGACAAGCAGUGGAUAUAUGCCAAUGAGAACACUUUUUUUUCUACAUUAUUCCCUGUGAUACAACUUUAGAAAUAAACCUUAAUAUUUCUUCAAAUAUCUCUAUUUAAUUUUGACACUGAAAUAACCAUAAAUAUUUAUUUUUCUGUUACCUCGACAAGAAGAAUUUGAAGACUUCAAAGUAUUGAGCAGAAUUCACUCAUACUUAAAAAUUUAUUAGUUCUGCAUUUUCAUAGGAAGAUACUUAUUAUCUUCUGGACUAUAGCUGUUCUAAUGGAUUAUAAUCAGAACGGAAGAGAGAAAACAUAUUGACUUUUUUGAGUGACAUCUCUGACUUUCUUUAGUCUUUAGCUAUUACUGGAUCUCUUAAGACAGCAUGUGUUAAUGUAUAUUGUUAUCACUGUGCAGUUGCUGUUUACUUGAAUAGUAUUGUGUUCCUAUAUUCCAGGUUUAAGUAGAUUUCAUGCCUGGGUGGCCAAACAACAGUCAUUUUUUUUUAAUUGAAAAGAAGUAUUGUCUGGAUCAGUAAAAUUAUACUGUGUGUGAGUGUGAAUAUAAAUGUGUGUGUGUUUCUCUUCCGUAACUGUUACAGUAAUGUUAUAAAGUGAGAAAACUGUGACCCAGUAUAAACUGUUGCCACUUGCUGCACUCUUGCACAUGAAUUCAGUUCUAAAAUGGAGUUCUUCCUGGAACCUUGUUGAUAAAAAUACUCACUAUAACCAUUCAAAAAAUUCACCCCAUCCCUGCUUAAGAGAUUGGAUCAAGUAUUACUAAAUUGACCUUUAGCUAUUAAAUAAGACCAGUGUUUAACAAGAAAUAAUGACAGAUAUCCAAGUAAAGCCUGCAUUUAUAGUGUUAUUAUCAGGAAAAGAGAAUACUUUGGUUUCUGAGUGCCUGAUAUUGAGCAAGGUGUUAGUCACUAAAAGGAAGAUAGUUCUCCAAAAAAAAAAAAAAAGUAAAAUUUUUCAAUUGUGUGUGUAGGUAGUGUGCACUAUAUACAUCAUGUUUAAGUAGGACUGUCACACGCAGCCCAUGUGGCUAAAAAGGCUGAGUCAGACAGUAGAUGAGACACAAAACAGCAGUGAGGAGCCAACACACUUGGAAUUGAGGUCUAGAUAUGCUUCUUCUGUGCUUUGCCCACAUGCCUUUGGUGACAGCCGAGCACCCAGCUUUGUCUUGGUAUGUUUGGGCUAAGGAACAGACCUCUCCUUUGCUCAUGGUCAGCAAGAUAUACUAAAGCAUGAAGAUAAACACAGCUUCUUUCUUAUACCCCAGUCUCAUACUCCUUAAUGAUGCAAUGGGUGCUCAUUGUUGGGCCUUUUUCUAGUAAGGAAUGAUAUUGCUGAAGAAGCUACUCAACCCUGAUAACUUUUAUUUAUAAUCUCUUCUUAUACAGAUAAAGCAUGACUCCUGCAAGGCCCCAAUGUCUACAUAGUGUGAAGUAGAGAGCUGGCAUCUAUCUGGUGAUUUCCAGCUCUCAAGAUACCCAAGCAGCCUGAUGGGGUAGUUCCCCUUCUUGCAGUUCACUCUCUAAGGCAGGAUGUGGCCUGUGAGUUACUUUGCAUUGCCUGUCUGCACACUUUGAAUCUGUCUGCUGGUUCCCUUAUUUUACCUCUCUGUGAUGUGCGGAUGAGGGCUCAGGGUGCUAGAGGAUUAAUAAGAUCUCUUUCAAAGGAGAGAUUAUUUACAAGUUUCCAUUUAAGAUUGCCAGUCUUUUGUCCUGCCUCAUCUGGAAUAUUAAUCCACACGUUUCAGAGCUCACCAGGCAGUACCAAUGUUCUUUUCACAGCUAUGAAGAGCUAGUAGAGGUGAAAUUUCUUGUUAUGGUAUAAAAAUUUUAGGAUUCACUUUUGAAACUGCAUUUGUGCAUAUGCAAUGUAGAUUUUAUAGUGUGUUGUGCUUUCAAGAUCUAAAUCAUAUAUAAUCAAUUAAGGGACAAUGGGGCUGACAGCACUAAACUUGGUGCUUAUUGAUAUUCUAAAAAAUAUCUGUGAAAUCUCAUCACGUAUGUGUUACACAAUCUUCAUUUAAAAACAUUUAAAACUAGUUGGAUUCACUUUGACAUUUUUCAUAUCAUUUAUUAACCCAAGUGACGAAAAUGUUGUCCCCAAUGAAUAUAUUCAUUAGAAUUACCAUUCGUUAGUAUCACUCAUUAAUUAGCCCCAUAAUUAGAUCCAUUAAUUUAAAUAUGAUUUAAAUUUAAGUAAAUUUUAUAACGUCUGACAUCAGAGGUAUCUUACUUUUCUCUGAGGAUAACGUAUUUGCCCUGACCAUGAAUUUUCUUAUCACACAUAUCCUCAGAAAGGGCCAAAUUCCCAACCUGCUCGUUUUUUUUUUUUUUUUGACUCAUGAUGAAUAAGUCCUAGAAUGUUUCAUUUGGACAAGUAGGGCUGCCUCCAAGAAGAACCUCUGAUGUAUCAUUUCUUAUGAAAUAUAUGUGAAAGAAUAUGGAUCUGGAAGAUGCUGUAGACAUCUGCCCUACACUUGAGAUGAUUCCCAAGGCUCUCUGGCACUUUUGAGUUCGGUCUGUCUGGUAUGAAAUGCCAAGGACCUUUUGCUGCCUAAACCCACUCUGCAGGAAAUCAGCCCAACCACUAGAUGAGAAUUAGGCCCUGAAUGAGUAGUGCUCUAGUUACUGUCCUGUUGAUUGAUUUCUGCCAUUUCAUGUCCAUAAAAAAGACCACCAAUAUCAUGCACACAAUUAGAUUUCUCACACUCCAACUGUAUAUUUGUAUAAUAUUUUAAAAUCUCCUAAAUGCUGGGCAAUGGCUGUUAACAAUUAAUUGCCUUGCACUGGCCUGAUGAAAUGUUAACAAUGCCUACUGUAAUAUAGAAAAAAACAUUCUAUCUACUGAUUUGGGCUGAAUGUGUGUAAAUAGGUUUCUAAAAAGUCAGAUGUUUAAGCAGUGGCCUACAAAUCAGUAAUUUUCAGGUGGGAGAGUUUCUUUACAUUGCUGUGGCAUCUUGAAAGCUAUCUUCAUGUAAAUUGACUGUACUAAGCCCACUGGGGAUCAGAGUUCCCAAGAAAGGAAACCUUUUCUUGUAAUAAUACAAAUCAAGAUACCAGAUUAUCUGGAUUCUUAUUUCCAGUGUUUCAAGUGGAAAACAUGACUCUUUAUUGUCUGUAAAUCUAACAUUAUUACUUUUCCUCUUAGAAGAAUAUUGUAUUGUUAGAUGUUUGUUGAGCCAGUAACAUCGUUGCAACCGCUGCAAUAUCUUCGUUAGUAAUCUGUAUAAUACUUUGUAUACAAGUACUGGUAAGAUUGUUAUUAAAUGUAGCUUCAGUCAUUAAAUUACUAUAGCAAAAUAGUACUUCUGUAAUAUUUACAAUGUAUUAAGCCCACAGUAUAUUUUAUUUCAAUGAUGUAAUUAAACUGUUACUUAUUCAAAGAUAAAACAUCUCAUCAUGUCUAUUGUCCAAAGUUACCUGGAAUCAAAUAAAAAUUCUAGAUUGCCAUGAAGAACACAAAA